AUGAAUAUCGCGCAGCCCAUAUCCUCCGAGAUCGAUUUCGUCGAAUUCAGGUUCUUGUCACCCGAGGAGAUUCAGGCCAUCUCCGUCAAACGCAUCGAAAAUGACAACACCUUCGACAGCUUGCUUCAGCCUGUGCCUGGCGGUCUCUAUGACCCGGCUUUGGGAUCAUGGGGCGACUCACCUUGCACGACAUGCCACCUAAAUCAACAAUCCUGCCCCGGCCACCCGGGACACAUCCAAUUGCCUGUGCCAGUCUACCAUCCGGUCUUUAUGGAUCAGGCAUACCACUUACUCCGAGCCACCUGUGUAUAUUGCAAAGGCUUCCGAUUACGCGCCGUGGACCUGAACAAAUAUAUAUGUCAGCUUCGUCUUCUCCAACAUGGCCUGAUACACGAAGCACAUAUCGUUGGUUCUCUUGGCGAGCUGAAUUUGGCAUCGGUCUCAGAAGAGUACUUGGAUUCGGGUGGAAGUGAGGCGGAUGAGGACGGCAAACCGAACGAAGCCAUUAUGCGCAAGAGAGACAAGUAUGUACAAGAGUGUCUCCGCCGUGUCAAGUCAAAACGAAAAAGCGAGAUUCGCAUGGGGAAGCAUGAAGGCAUGGCGCAAACUCGCCGUGAGGUCAUCAAACAAUUCCUCGCCGAUGUCAUCAAGAAAAGAAUUUGUUCUAGCUGCGAGGGUAUCUCGCCGGCGUAUCGCAGAGAUCGAUUCGUCAGUAUUUUUGAGAAAUCUCUGUCGGCCAAGGAGAAGGCAAAAAUGUCUCGGCGAGAUUUGCAACAAAAGGAUGCAUUGACCCGAGUCUACCAGGCAAAGCCGAAACCCACCGAGGAUACUGUUGAAAUACUCGACGGCGGUUCUGCGGCUGCUGAGCAAUCAAGCGAUGACGAAACCUCGAGUCCAGCGGCCGUCGACGUCGCGGCAUCUCAAAGAUACAUCAGCCCCAUGGAGGUGCGGGCUCGUUUGGCGGAGUUGUUCGACAAAGAACAAGAAGUCAUAUCACUCCUAUACAAUUCAAAGCUACCCGCCCGACACUCGCCCAAGGUUGUGCCUGACAUGUUCUUCAUAACAACUAUUCUCGUGCCGCCAAACCGCUACAGACCGGAGGCACGCAUGGGAGAGUCGCAAAUCUCAGAAGCCCAACAGAACUCACUCUACAAGUCAAUCCUGCGGAGCUGUUCAAAGAUCGCCCAAAUUUACGCCUCAUUAAAUGAUGGAACCACCGAUUUUACACAAUUACACUACGCCUGGGGGGAAACGCAAGAAGCAGUCAAUUCUUUGAUUGACAAGAGCAAGAACCCUGUGCGUGGUGCAGCUGCAAAACGCAACGAAGAUGGCAUCAAGCAGAAACUCGAGAAGAAAGAGGGAUUGUUUCGAAAGAAUAUGAUGGGCAAGCGUGUCAACUUUGCAGCCCGAAGUGUUAUCUCACCAGACCCCAAUAUCGAGACAAACGAGAUCGGUCUUCCGCCAGUCUUUGCAUCAAAACUCACCUAUCCGGAACCAGUCACCAGCCAUAACUUUCGAGAUAUGCAGCAAGCUGUGAUCAAUGGUGUCAGUAAGUGGCCUGGAGCCGUGGCUAUCGAAGAUGAAAAUGGCCACGUCUUGAACCUUCGGAACAAAUCAACCGAUGAACGCAUGUCACUCGCCAACCAGCUUCUCGCCCCAACAACAACAAACAGCCACUCUGCGAGGCCCACCUUGCACAAGCCGUCCAUGAUGGGACACCGAAUUCGAGUUCUACCUGGAGAAAAGACCAUUCGAAUGCAUUACGCAAACUGUAACACCUACAAUGCAGACUUUGAUGGCGACGAAAUGAAUAUGCACUUCCCUCAGAAUGAGGUUGCCCGUGCUGAGGCACUUCAGAUCGCAGAUACCGACCACCAGUACUUGUCUGGAACCCAAGGGAAACCAUUGCGAGGUCUGAUUCAAGAUCAUCUGUCCAUUUCGGUCAUGUUAUGUAGUCGCGAUACCUUUUUCACCCGUGGCGACUACCAGUCCAUGGUAUACAAUACAAUUCGGCCAGAGAGUGGUCAUCUUGUCAACGGGGGCAGAAUUCAGCUUGUUCCCCCAGCGAUCCUGAAACCAGUGCCAUUGUGGACCGGCAAACAGAUUAUCACCACUCUUCUCAAAAACAUACAGCCUGUCAACUGCGGUCCCCUUAACCUGAAAGGAACGGCACAGGUCAAGGCGGACCAAUGGGCCCCGAAAUCCGAGGAGGGUUCCAUCUUGUUCCAAGAUGGCGAGUUUAUCACCGGUAUCCUUGAUAAAUCACAAAUCGGCCAGAGCUCCGGUGGUCUGAUUCAUGCCAUUCACGAAAUUUACGGCCCAACUAGCGCCGGUCAGGUUCUCAACGCUUUCAGUCGGUUGUUGACUCGCUAUCUCAAUGUCAGGGCAUUCUCCUGCGGUAUGGACGACCUAAAGCUUACUUCUGAUGGUGAAGCAUCUCGGACGCAGGCACUGCAAGCUGUUGAUCGCCUUGGCCUGGAAGUUGCUUCGUCGUAUGUCUCUCUUGAAAAGAACUCAGACCCCACCAAUCCUUUGCUUCUGGAGCGUCUUGAGGAAGUUCUUCGUGACGAUUCAAAACAAGAAGGAUUGGAUCUCUUGAUGAACGCUGGAUCUAGAGAGAUCACAGAUGCAAUUCAAAGAGCCUGUCUUCCUCAAGGCCUUGAAAAGCCAUUUCCCCGAAACCAAAUGCAAGUCAUGACCACUUCCGGCGCCAAGGGCUCUAGGGUCAACGCAUCCCUGAUCUCUUGCAACCUAGGACAGCAAGUCUUGGAAGCCAGGCGUGUUCCUCUCAUGGUUAGUGGCAAGUCAUUACCUUGCUUUAAGGCCUAUGAAACGAACAUUACAGCCAAUGGUUAUAUCAGAAGCCGUUUCCUCACAGGAAUCCGACCACAGGAAUACUUUUUCCAUCUUAUGGCAGGAAGAGAAGGUCUUAUUGACACAGCCGUGAAAACGUCGCGCUCUGGUUACCUCCAGCGAUGUGUUAUUAAAGGGAUGGAGGGUCUAAGAGUGGCGUAUGACACGACCGUCCGCGACGCUGACGGUUCCAUUGUACAGUUUCUCUACGGCGAGGACGGUCUGGAUGUCACAAAACAAAAGUACCUCACCGAUUUCAGCUUUAUCCUUCAAAAUUUGUCAUCGGAAGUUGCGCAGUUACGAUACAACGCUGACAUCGUCGCACGGCUUGGGGCAAAUCGAGACAUCUUCACAAAAUACAUGAAGAGUACAGUCAAGCACUUCAAAGCCGGCAGCCUCAAAGGGAAGGAUCCGCUUUUAGGCACCGCGAAUCCAGCAACCAAUCUUUUCGUGUCGUCUGAGCGAUUCUAUGAUGCCAUGUCGUCCUACUUGAAGGAAAAUGUGGAUGGUCUUCUUCGCGAGAAAAACAGCACCAACGAGAACCAAAGCAAAUCUCAGCAGGUGGCCCUUAGCCGCAAGAACGCCGAGUUGGUCUUUGUGAUGAAGUACCUCCAGUCGCUGGUUGAGCCAGGUGAGGCUGUCGGUGUUGUGGCAGGUCAAUCCGUGGGCGAGCCGUCAACACAAAUGACGCUGAACACAUUCCAUUUGGCCGGUCACGCUGCCAGCAACGUCACGCAGGGUAUUCCACGUCUAAGAGAAAUUCUAAUGACAGCCGCAAUGAUCCCAUCUACACCUGCGAUGACUCUCCACCCUCGUGAGGGAGUCUCCGCAAGCGACAUGGAACGCUUCGCAAAGUCCAUCAGUGCCGUGCCCCUGUCCUACAUUUUGGAUAGUGUUACUGUGCAGGAGCGAAUCGGCCGCGGUCAGAUCUAUGGUCUGGCCAAGAUAUAUCUGAUCAAAUUCAAGCUCCACCCUUCACGGGAGUACCGGGAAACAUACCACGUGAGCAUUUCCGAAGUACUGAACUCUUUCGCGUAUAAACUUCUACGCCAGAUUAUCACACUCGCCAAAGCUGAACUCAAAAAACGAGGUGAAUUGGAGACUUCAGGCAUGCCUGAUAUUUCGCAGAAGGUUGGCGUGGUCGAGAUGGCAGCUCCGAAUGCAGAUGCUGAGACUGGUGGUGAUGCGGACGAAGAUGGAGGCGACGAUGGGGAUGAUGAUGACUACACUAAUGCCAAACAACGAUCUAAGCGCACUGAGGCCGUUUCCUAUGGACCAAAUGAUGAGGCCGAUGAUGAAGUCCAGAAGGCGAUGAACGAGGAUGACAUGGAUGUCGACGAGACGGGUGCUGAGGCUGUUGGCGGCGGCGCAAGCAAAGAUAAGCCAAUGCAAAACGGUGCAGACAGGGAAGAAGAAGAAGACACAGACGGCGACGUGGACAUGGAGUCGAGCAGCACCCGCGCGGAAUAUGUUGCAAGCAACUUUGCUGAGGUUACAAGCUUUGAGUGUGACGAGAAAACAGGAGAGUGGUGUAAUGUGACUCUCGAAUUCGACGCCACCGUUCCCAAGUUACUGAUGCUCAGCAUUGUCCAGAGGGCGCUGAAGAAGGCCAUGGUAAGGGAAAUCCGUGGCAUCGGUACUUGUCGAGUGGGCGAAGGGCGCAUGCUGCCUGAGGGAGACAAAGAGCCCAUUAUCCUUGCAGGCGGCAGCAACAUCCAGGCGGUUAAAGAGUUUGGGGAUUACAUCGAUCCAAACCGCAUUCAGACUAAUGACAUAUAUGCUGUGCUAAACAUGUAUGGCGUGGAAGCAUGUCGGAGCAAUAUCGUUCAAGAGCUAGACGGUGUCUUUGGUUCUCACGGCAUCAAAGUCGACGGUCGGCAUCUGAACUUGAUUGCAGACUACAUGACGAGAAACGGCGUAUUCACAGCCUUCAGCCGAAAUGGUUUGAAGGGUAAUGUCAGCCCAUUUACCAAGAUGAGUUUCGAGACAACGCUAGCUGUCCUCAAAGACGCGGUGCUCGACGGAGACUGGGACGAGCUGAACAGCCCAAGCAGUCAGUUGGUCAUGGGCCAGCUGGGGAAACUGGGCACUGGCAGCUUUGACGUACUCACAAGAUUGCCAACACAUCAUGUAGAAUCCUUUGCAUGA